GAGGGGCGGCCCGAAGCCGGGGCUCGGCCGGGCUGUGGCUGCCGUUCCUCCGCGAUGCUGCGGCGGCUCCUCUCCGUCUGGAAGCGCUACAAGUACCGGCUGGUGCCCUGGAUCGCGCUGAACAUGGGCAGAAACCCCAGAGAUACAGCGUGGAACAUGAUCUUCCAGUCCUUCAGCCGUGAUACGCAGCAGUCCACUGAUUUUAACCCUGGCCUAAUCAUGACACAACUUACAUUGAUCUAUUAACCUACUAUCCGGACAAUACGAUUUGUUCCAGAAGCAUCUUUGGAUAAAAUUAUUUCUGACUCUGCGAUUGAGGACUCAUUACAGAAGUUGUUUUGUGCUUUGCUCAGAGGAGAUUUGUGCAAUCAAGCUGAGUUUCUUAAUAUGCUGCCAGAAAGUAUUCGAUCAAAGUACACGGCUAUAUUAACUCAUUCUCAAUCUGUUAAAGAAACUGAAGGAAAUCAUAUGGAUUUUAACCCUGAAGGGGCAAUGUUUGAAACAUUUGGAUUCAUUAUAAGAAGAGCAACAAGUUCACUUUUGUCUGCAGGAAGAGGGGUGUUUGUUACGACAGGAAAGGUGCCAAAAGGAACCGUUGUUUGCAUGUAUCCUGGUACUGUCUAUCAGCAAUACGAACCAAUCCUUUUCCAGUCUAUAUGCAACCCAUUCAUCUUCCGGUGUAUAGAUGGUGUGUUAAUUGAUGGAAAUGAUAAAGGAAUUUCUAAAGUUAUUUAUAGAUCUUGCAGUGGACGGGAUAGACUUGGUCCUUGUAAAACAAGUGAUGUCACUUGGCUUACAGAAACCCCAGCCAAUCCACUAGGUGUGGGCCAAUAUGUCAACAACUGUUCUAAUGAGAAAGAAGCCAAUGUAUGCUAUCAGGAAUUUGAUGUCCCCAAAACCUUUCCUCUCGAGUUCCGUCAGUACAUUCCUAACGUCAACUACAGGCAUGAUGCAGAAAGGCCUUUGCGAUGUGUAGUUCUUGUGGCUCUUCGAGACAUAGACGUGGGAGAAGAGCUGUUCUCCAAUUACUACACUAUAAUAAAAUAAGAACAGUGUACAUACCUCUUCUGGUGCUUCAGUCCACCCUCUAGAGUUGGACUUCCUAGAUAUUGAUGCCAAAUUAUUGAACUAUUUCAACGUCCAAAACACCAUUUUAAUAAGUGAUGAGAUGCUCUACCAUUUAGAGUAUAUUUUGAAAUACAUAACUUUUGUAUAAAGUUUAAUACUAUUUUGUGUGUAAUGUGGCGAGUAUGCAUGCACAAUUGCCCUUCAUCAGAGUUAUGAGGGCAGUCUAUUUGCACUUGUUGAGCUUUAUCUUUCUUGUCAGGCUGCUAGAGCUCAGCAGUAAAGGCGGGUAACCAGGAGAACCAGCCCAAAACCACAAGAAUAAUUGAAGGUUACUUCAUGUUUGUUGUAUGGAUCUAUUUUUUUUAAGUGCAGAGACUUCCCUUAGCACUACCUAUUGACUGAUAACCAUGCUCAUUGAUCUGUUUCUCUGUCGCUGUAAAGUGAAUAAACGAAUUAAU